AUGUCUUGCUUCAACCCUGCUAUGUUGACCGCCUCCCCUGAGCCAGAAACUCCACCGUCACCUACUCACAACCAACCAAUGGUGGACAACCCCAUUCCGGAGGAAUCGGAUGCUGAUCGCAUCCACCACGAAGAACUCCUUGAGGAGCAAGAGUCUUGGAUGCGUGAUUGGCAUACUGUAUUGGAACAAAUGAAUGAGUGCUUUGGCCACAUGCAGAACGCGCAGGUCGAACUGACUUUGGAUGCGCAAGGCGCCAAAGCUCUAGAAGACAGUAAGAAGGAGUACCAGAAGCUGGAGAAGUUGGUGAAGGGAUGGAAGGUGAAGGCCGUCAAGCUGCUGCGUGAAAAGUCUGUCGUGCCCACUAACAAUGUAGGUGAACCGGCGGUCGUGGAGAAGACAGCUUUGGUCGAUGCUGUGCCUUCCAAGGAGGUCGCCGAUAUGGGUGUACCAAUGUUCUUACUGCAUUGGCGUAAAGCAGUUUUCUUGUUGCAGUUGGCUAAUGCAUUAUUUUCAGAAAAGGCAGAUGCAAAGCCGAAACCGGCGAAGACCAAGCUGCAGGCUAGAAACGUGUACUGCACCGCCGUGUGGUACUGUCCCUACCAAGAAGGCCGACCGUACCCGGUGACCACUAUCGCUAACAACGCGGAUACUUCAGGCGAUGAGUCAGAGGUGGAGAUGCAGGUGGAGAUUCAAGACGAAUCGGGUGAGAAGCGCAUAGGAGAUGUUGCAGGUGAGGAAGACUUCGUCCGUGGGUCCAAGACUAUCCUGCCGUGUCCUGUCUUGCCGCUCCCAAAGCAGCCCACACCUGCUCCAAAGUGCAAGUUGGACGCCUCAGAACGCGAGGAGUUAGAAGCCUUGCAGCUUGAGGUUGUGUCUCUUUGGGAGGAGAACGAGGAAUUGCGCAUUCAUAUGGAAUGGUACGGCGACACCCUCAUCCAUGCGCGCCAACAUGUGCGGGCGCAAGAGGCUGAGUGA